GUCACAGUAGUUCGGUGCUCGCUUUGCUUUCACCCCAUGAGUCCCGGAACGUGAGUUCCGUUGAAUAGAUCCUUUCACUGAAGUUGCUGCUUUAAAGCUUCACGGCACUAUCGGAAUCUAGCCAAGUAGCCAAGUGUAUCUUUUCUCGCGGCGAACGUAAAAACGGAUGAACAUAUGACACCUUGGCCUCGUUUGGAUUUCAAAAUGACGGAUGGUGGCAAAAUUUAAAUAUUCGAUAGCGCCCACUGUGCAAGGAUAACGACGUCACUAGGGCCAUUUGUUAUUCGGUUUGUGGUUAGCCGACGUUGAACUUUUUUUUCCCUGGAUUCACGCCCGUCGCGGUUUUAUCCUUUCGUAGGGGUGAAAAGAUUUUUUUCAAGUCGAGUUAUUUAGCUGAACCGAGGGGGUUGUGUUAUUACCACUAUUGGCCGUUAAGUUUUAGAAACUUGUAGCGGGUAGUUUAGAAGGUGUGUAACCUUUGGAAUGUGUGCCGUUUUCGUGUUGAGAUGUCCUGUGAGCAUUGGGUCAUAGUUCACGCAAAUAGGGGGUAAUCACUAGCGUGAAUCGUGCUGCGGGUUUUGAGAUUGUUGCGGGGCCGAAAUCUUCACCCUCUUCUCUCCACUGGCACCUCAGUGUAAACUCGAGCUCUUGGUUUUGAAGUGGUACCUUUUGAACUGAUAGUGUCCUGCCAUGAGAGUGUCGUUAAGUUGUUUGUGCAAAUAAAGUUGAACGGCUGAAUCCGAGUGAAUAAUAAAAAUUAAAGUUAAUGCUUUGUUAGUGCGACACUUUUCUGCUGGUGAUAGUGCUAUUAUUCCGUGUACGUACUGUGUAGGGCGACCGCAUCGUUAAACAACCCUGUGUACAGAUUCGUCCCAAGCAAAGCAUUGGAUUAUCCCUUUUUCGACGUCCCGGUCCGGAAUUAAAUAUUUAUGUGCCAUGGCAACAAAAAACAUUAUCUUACAAAUAGCGGUGAUUUGGUCCACUUGGUUGUUGCCAGUUGAAUGUGAUGGUCCCCGAAAAUUUCAUAAUUUAUCACUGACAAUAGAGCCAGCUUGGAUAAAACGUGGUCAAAGUGCAACGUUACAUUGCAGAUAUGACUUGGGAGGCGAUCCUUUGUACUCGGUGAAGUGGUACCGGGGCAAUUUGGAGUUCUACAGAUACUCGCCGUUCGAGAAACCAUCAGCCAAGAUAUUUCCAUAUACGGGAAUAAAAGUUGACCUCACCAUGUCGAAUGCAACGCAAGUUACACUACGGAACGUGGGAUUUAAUCUGUCCGGAAACUUUACUUGCGAAGUAACAGCUGAUGCACCGUCGUUCCAUACGUCCGUGGUAACCAGUGCGCUCGUCGUUGUCGAACUACCCCAUUCGCCGCCAACAUUAUGGACAGAACGGGAACGCUACGAUCCCGGUGAUAUAUUGCGAGCCAAUUGUUCAACUCCACCGUCGAAACCUGGAUCUACAAUUUCCUUUCUUCUAAAUAAUAUUCCGGUUGGAACCGAGCCAACAGUUUUGCAUUCAACACGUGAAAACUUACAAUGGGCCUCGAGAAAUUUAGAAAUGCAGCUGCUUCCGUCCCACUAUCAUAAUGGGCAACUGGUACUGAAAUGUACAGCCGAAAUCUUAGAAUUAUACGCGGAAAGUACAGACGCUUUGCUUUGGAGUACUCGCAAGGAACCAAUACCAGAGAGGGUUACAUCUCCAAACAGAGGUCUACCAAAUCAACCAGCGCCAGCAUCAGCAAUUCUACUAAUAGCCUAUUUGUCAAUAAGAUACUUUCGAAGAUAGUUUGCUUGAAUGAUCAACUGCAAUGCGAAGCAAAUGCAAACUUUAUUUAUUAAUGAUAUUUGAUAGUGUUCGUUUUGCAUACGAAAAUCAAAAACACAUGAAAAUCAAAGCAAAGUAAUAUAUUUUAAUGUAUACCUACCCCUAGUCGAUAUGUCACCCUUGUUUCCUACGUUCAAAUUCCAAAUUGCUGUAAUAGGAAAAGAAAAAAUCGAAAAUGUAACAAAAUAAAUAAGCAAAUAAAUAAUGUUAAUGUAAAUUGAUAUUAUAUACUAAAAUCUAACCGUAAUUUAAUUACAUGAAAAAGCCCAAAACGAAUGUGAAAUUUGCGAAAAAAAAAAGAUUCAAAGGAAAUGUUUUCCAAGAGCAAACAAAGCCCCCGGCCCACUGAUGAAAAACCCUGAAAAAAUGGCGUAAUGAUGUAAAUUUUAAUGUACCUAAUAAUAGCGUUUUUGUAGGCUAUAAGAUAAAUCGAUUUAUUUCAGAUACAAUAGAACCCGUGUAAAUUCUGUACUACAAACAUCCCCCACUGAGUGCAACAUCCAUUGCUUUUCGCCUAUUGUUGUAUUCAAAUUUAUUGGCAACUUUUUACUGUUUCCACAAUAACGCAUUUAAUUUAAUUUAAAGCCAAUUGUUUUGAUAUACUUCCAUCUCUAAACAUUCCAGGACCGGCACUGAGCAUCCACAUCCAUUUGAUUAAGUCUAUAUGAUGCAGAUACAUGUAUCUUUUUUGCUAUUAUUUUCACUUAGUUUGUGGGACAUGCAUUUAUAAGGGAAUGGAAUUCCUGCAUGCUCGGCAAUUUGAUUUAAUGACACAAAAUUGUUUCGUCCUUGUUCAAAUCUAAAACCUAAAUAAUCCGCUUAAACAAUAAUGACAAAUUCAUAAAUAGGUUAAUUGCGGAAUCCAACCAAGAAAAUGGAACCCACACACGAGGACCUCUUUCGAACAGAUAUGGAAAAUGUUUCAGGAGGGUGUGCUCAGGGGGUUGAAUCAAAUAUUGCUGCGUUAUCAAAGCCGCUUUAUGAAGAUACAAUUCAAUCUAAAUAGACUCAUUAGAUGGCCAAUUCAUGAAUAAACCAACAUAUUAAAAACAGUACCUAAUAAUCCUCUUUAUUUGAUAUAUAUACGGCUCGCCCCCGCGGAAUACUCUUUUGAAAUGGCCGCCAUAUUUCAACCCUUGCGGUUUAGAGGGUAUGCAGAAUUGAGGAAUCCAUCGUACUUACAUAGCUACUGCAAAUCUGUCUACUGAAAAUUGAAAACAUAUUGUACAUAAAUAAAUAAAGGAGCAUAAGCCAAUGAAAACGUCAACCAGAGUGAAACUCAAUAAAAUAUAAUUAUAGUGAAAUAAAUUGGUUACGAGCAAAUAAAUAAAUAAAUUAAUAAAAUAUUAACCCUACCAAUGUGGUUCGUAUGCAAUGUAUAUCACGGCAAUGACGAUGGUAAAGUAACAUAAAUAUUUCUAAUUUAUGAUGUUAAAGUUAAGUGGAAAUUAGAAAACCAAAAUUAAUUAUUGAUAAUGAGACACUGAUAUUAGUUUACGAUUUUCGUGUUUUUUAAUGUAAAUAAAUUUUA